AUGCUCUACAGAUGGAACAACAAAAAACGACAUUUUCGACCAGUUCAAGGAUUUACAAGUCAUGGUGCAGCAUCAGCAGAAUAUUUCUCUUAUUUGAAUCAACACUACCUCAUCAUUGCCAAUUACGAAGACCCAAAAAGAAAUGCUCAUUCUCGCUACGUUUCCUCGCAACUCUUCUGGUACGAUUUCGGCAUCGAGCAGUUCGUCACCAAGGACCACAUCGAUGUCAGAGGAGUCCUAAAAUGGAGCACCUUUAUCGUCCAAAAAUCACUCUACCUCGUCGGCGCCCGGCACAAAGAAACAUCUAUCGACGAGUUCGGGAAGAUGCGCUACACAACAACCUCUCCCAUGUUCAAAUUCGACCCUAGAACUGCCAAGUUCGAGCUGCUGGAAAACAUCUCAAUCCCCUCCCACGGCGCUACAGACAUUCUUUUCGCAAGAAUACGCGGACGAAACCUGCUUCUCGUCGGGAAUUUCGGUGGCGAUCUGACCCCGACAAGAGUUGGAGAAGAUGUCAAAAACGUGAAGAAUCAAGUUCAGUCGGAAAUUUAUGAAUUUCACGAGCACAAUGAGUCGUUAUCCCUGCUCCAAACUAUCGAAACUAAUGGCUUGCGAAAUUGGCAAAACUUCCAAAUCGGCGGCGAUUACUUCAUUCUCGCUGGCAACUCGCUGCGCCCAGAAACAUUUCAUCAGGAUAAUCCAACUUCGAUUUUGUAUAAAUGGUCCGGAGAGGAGCUAUUUAAACUUUCGCAUAAUAUUCCGACGCGGCAGGGCGAAGUCUCAGAUUGGAAAUACGUGGAGAUCGAAGGAAAGCGGCUCUUGGUUGGCGCCAACUCGCGGCACUCGCAGGACAGCGGCUUCUAUUCAUUCCGAGCAGUUUCGUUGUUUCAAGUUUGUUUGAAACUCCAGCUACGUAAGCAACACCUCCAGUUACUUGCAAAAUCCGUCAACCCCGACUGCACCGCCGAUGACAAGGUAAAACUCCUCGACGAGCUCAAGAAAUUCAAAUCGGUUGAAACCUUCGUUGUCGAACAAGAUUGUGUAACUCACCUGGAAUAUUUCCUUCUCUUUACGCAGUUUUCGGAAACACGAAUCGGAAUCGACUACUACGGUUUUCUUGAUCACGUUCGCCUUAACGUUGAAAGUCGCGGAACGACGACCCUCAAAUUUGAGAAUCUGAAAGCCGAAAGCGUCGACAAAGACGAAGAAAGCUUCAUCAGCAAGUACACCAAACUCACUCUCGAAAGUUUUCCGAGCUCUACUCGCGAAGCACUCGACGGAGAAAUUCCUGAUCCACGCGAACGAUCAAAAGCUAGAAUGUCUGGAGAAACCGAAAGCAAGGUUGAGUAUGUCAGCAGAACGAAAAUUGAACUCCCGAAAUUCGAGAAAAGCGGACUGUCUGUGUCCAGAUGGAUUAACAACUGUCUCUUUCUUCUCGAUAUUGAAGGAAUCUAUGACGACAAACGUAGAAUUCGAGCGAUUCUCCAAGCUGUGCCAGAAUCGAAACUUGGAACGAUUACAUCUUUGAUCCCGUAUGACUAUCUUCUCAAUGACGUUGUCGAAAUCAUAGAAUCAGAACUCGAAAUCUCCAAGGAACGUGCGCGAAAACUUUUGAAAGCCUGUCAGUAUGACGAAAAGCUUGAUAAGACGCUUGUUGGUUUUGCGAACAGAAUCCUUGAUCUCGCAAGCAUCAUCUACAAAGGCAGACAUCGAGACAUCAUCAAAGCCUUUGCCAACAGCGAGUUCCUCGAAAAGCUCCCUAGUCCGAUCAAAUACUGUGAGUACUGGAACCUGAAUGAAGAUCCGGAAGGCCGUGAUAUCCUUCAAAACGCGAAGAUUGCCGACCGAAUCCUCAUCAAAAUGAGAAAUAAACAGGAAAGCAACUGUAACGUCACCUUCGCUGACGAAAAAGCCGAUGCCGAACCUGCUGUAUCGCUUGAGGAUAAGGUCAAUGAAAUUGCAAAGUCUUUGAACGCACUGCAAACGAAUGACCGCCGUGGAAGACAGCCAUACCGUGGACCUCACCAGCGAAACCGAUCUUACAGCAAUGGUCGACACAGAGGGACCGUGGUUACAAGGACAGACACCGUGGUCGAAGCCGGGACAACAGUUUUCACCGUCGAAGCCAGGACCGCAGUUACGAUCGUCGAAGCCGAGACCGCGGAUAUCAACGCCGGAGUCAGGAUCGUCAGUACCAACGACGAAGCCAAGAACGUAGUUUCCAAGAUCCUAGCCAGGAAAGACGACAGUUGUCCAGAGGAAGAAGCGACACCCCGCAUGGUGAACGACGACAAAGGCCGUUCAAUGGAAAGUGCUUUGGUUGUGGCCGAUAUGGUCACAUGA